AAGCCAUAUCGGUUAUCUUUUUUCCGCUUCUUGCUCGGACAUAGUAUUCAAUACUCAUAUUAUAACAUCGAAAAGUUUUACUUUAUCUAAUGAUCAAUUUGAUGAAAUCGUAUUAUAUUUUACUAAUUUUUUUUAAGAGUAAUAAAAAUUGAAACUUUAUUGAGAAAUUUGCUACUAUUAAUGGGGAGAGAUGUUCAUUAUAUUCUUAACCUCAUUAAAAACCACCAGUUCUGUCGGAAAGCAAUUCAACAAAUUCAUGCUCAGUUAGUAUUUAUCACUGCUGAAAACACAUCAAGUCCAGCUUCUGCAAUACCCAUUUUACUAACUCUGUGGAACUCUUUAAUUCGGCAUUAUUCUCUUGGUAUUUAUCCACAAGAAUCUUUUUUGUUGUUCAAGCAUUUGAAGUUUCAAUGUGGACGCAUUGUAUUCUUUGAUAGCUUUACGUAUUCGUUCUUGAUUAAAGGAUCAGCUAAUUUAGGAGAGUUUCGUGUUGGGAAACAGGUUCAUUGUUUGAGUUUAAAGGAUGGUUUUGAAUCCCAUGUUUACGUGCAAACUGCAUUGGUUAAUAUGUAUGGUGAAUGUGGGGUUUUGGGAGAAGCGAAGAAGGUGUUCGAUGAAAUGCCUGUGAGAAAUUGUGUGACGUGGAAUGCUUUGAUUAGUAGUUUUGUUAAAUGGGGGGAUGUUAGCGUUGCGAGGGGAUUGUUUGAUUUAAUGCCGGAGAAGAAUGUUGUUUCUUGGACGGGUAUUAUCGAUGGUUAUACGCGGAUGGGGAGGUUUGAUGAGGCGUUGUCGUUGUUUAAGGAGAUGGUCGUGGUUGAAGGGAUUAAACCGAGUGAAGUGACACUUUUGGCGAUUUUCCCGGCUAUUUGGAAUGUUCGGUGUUUAGAGUGUUGUAGGAUGAUUCAUGGUUAUGGGGAGAAGAGUGGUAUUAAUGCGUUUGAUAUACGAGUUGUGAAUUCGCUCGUGGAUGCUUAUGCUAAGUGUGGAAGCAUGGAAGAUGGUGUGAGAGCUUUUGAGGAUAUAUCGGAUGAGAGAAGGAAUUUGGUGUCGUGGACGUCAGUAAUAUCGGGAUAUGCAAUGCAUGGGAUGGCAAAAGAAGCUUUUGAUAGUUAUAAGAUGAUGGUGGAUGAAGGUAUUGAACCAAAUCGGAUAACGUUUUUGAGUAUGCUCAAUGCUUGCAGUCAUGGAGGUUUAGUGGAUGAGGGGCUCGAGUUUCUUAGAAAGAUGGUUGAUGAGUUUGGGAUUCAACCAGACAUUAAGCAUUAUGGUUGCUUGAUUGACAUGUUGGGGAGGGAAGGUAGGUUAGAAGAAGCAGAAAAGAUAGCGUUGGAGAUACCUAAUACGAUGUCUAAUGUUGUGAUUUGGAGAACGUUGUUGGGUGCUUGUAGCUUUCAUGAUAAUGCAGAUAUGGGAGAAAGAGUUAUGCAGAAGAUUAUGGAGAUGGAAAACAAGUAUGGUGGCGAUUAUGUGCUUCUUUCUAAUAUCCUUGCAGGUAUGGGCAGGUACGUGGAUUCUGAGGGUGUGAGGCGAGUGAUGGACGAGCAAAAUGCAAUCAAAGCUCCCGGUAUUAGCUUUACUUAAUCAGAUGCCUUCCACAGGCAGCGCGCAAUAGAUUGGCUAGCCAAAUGAAAUUGCUGCUGAUCCACUUCUUCCGCGGCAGCUAAAAGGAGGUGAACAAGUUCCAUGUCCUUUGUUUGUUCUAUGGAAAGUCCCGUAAGUGAUGAAGCAUACGGAUGUAUAAACAUGGAAAGACCGUCUACCUUGUGGGUGGAGUACUGGAUGUAUCUUUCUCCAGCAAUUCGCAAGAUUUCUUCUGUUGACAACUUAGGUAUGUUACUUACACGAGCUUCGUUCCUGCAUACGUUGCUCAAGUUUUCCUCGCUUGAUUUCUUGAACAACCUCCCACAAUUGUUCAAGAGCUCCAAAGAUGCUAAAGAAAUGGAAUUUGUUUUCUCGUCAUGGAAACCGCCAAGCCUUGGCACCUGAGGCUGAAUGCCAUUAGAUGCUUCGGGGGUCACUUGCAAGACCAUAUUGGAAGAAUCAUCAAUUUGUGUCCAAUGAUCUGAAAUGUUUUGUCGCUGAUCUUCCAAUAACUCAACUUGUUUGUCUGAUGUAUUCUUAUGAUGUUUGUCGUCAAAUACAGCGUAAAGAGAAUCAAGAUCCUCACUGUCCAAUUCAUACCAUGGAUCUACGAAGCUAUUGUUGAUCAAUUCAUUUCUCCCACACUCUUGAAGAUGCUCGUGACUAUCCAUGAUCUGAACUCCAGGACUAGUGAAGUGCUCGGCUUUCGGUGACCUGUGUUUUACUGCUGGAAUGUAUAUAUCAACGGAAUUCACUCAGUACGAGGUCAACAAGGUUGAAAGUGAAGUUUUUGUCCUCGCGAAGCAAAAUAACCUGGUCGUGGUGAAAGUUUAAAAGAUUGAAGCUGCGGUGAUUUUGUAUCCAUGCCUGGGACAAGCAGAGAGUCUAGAUGAAAGACCGUCCUCUUAACAUAACGGUAUUGUUCGUAUCUCUAAGAGAAACUUUGACUGCAGUAGCCAACGUCAUAGGCCUCAACGACUUUGUUUGAUCGCGGAUUUUAUGCAUUUGGACAAUGAGACUGUGAGAUACUGUCAAAUGUAAUGCCAUAGUUGGAAAGAAAUGACAAAAGGGAAAAAUUAAGCACAAAGGUUCAGAUGGAUCAUAAAAGAAAGAAAAAGUUUUGCAGGCCAAGUAUUUGUCUUAUUUUAGUUAUGACAAGGCACUUUUCUUGUACAUAACAAAAUCAACUUCAGGUCCAGUGCACUGAAGCUCCAGUUAUGCGCGGGGUCUGGGGAAGGACCAGACGAUCAGAGUCUAUUGUAUGCAGCCUUACCUUACAUUUCUGCAAGAGACUGUUUCACGGCUUGAAUCGUGACCUCUUGGUCGAAUGUAAGUUAGAUCAUAGAUGAUAGAAACCUUCAAAUGUAAAAGUUUCAUAUGCGGCUAAGCCCAAAGAGUCCGCUCCAGAUAGAUUUCUCGAUCAUAAUUUGAACGAAUAUUUGUAUUUGCAUUUGUUUUACUCAAAAAUAAAAAAAAAUACAUACAUGUCCC